AUGUGUAUUAGGCAGCUCUCGCUGCUCCUUCCCCUCACAGUUGCACUCAUCGCCACUCCCGUUUGCUCGACAGCUGGCACUCCGCGGCGGCAGUUGCGGAAGGCGCAGCCAGCAGUGACACCAAACGCCACGCUCGUCCUGCUUGCGAACAACACGUUCGGCGCUAAAUGCCUCGACGGAAGUCCCCCCGGGUACUACUUCCGCCCAGGCGCGGCAACGGGCCGUCUCCGGUGGCACAUCUACCUGCCCGGAGGCGCGUGGUGCGUCACCCCCGCCGACUGCGCCGCCAGAGCCGGCACGCGCCUGGGGUCAAGCAAGAGCUUCCCCGCCAACCCCGCGCACUAUGCGGCGCAGCUGAGGCCGCCGUUCGAGGGCAUUCUGUCGGGCAGCGCGCAGCAGAACCCCGCGAUGUACCAGUGGAACCUCGUGCGCCUCAUCUACUGCGAUGGGGGCGGGUACGCCGGCACCAGGGGUGCGCUCAACGUCUCUGCUGCUGCUGCUGUCCCUCCGAACGCAAGCGCCGCUGCCAACUCAACGAGCCCUUCCAAUUCCACCAAGUCAACCAAGUCAACCGGGUCAACGAAGUCAUCCGCAUCCACGACGUCAGCCAUUUACCUGGACGGGUGGAACAUCAUUCAGGCCGUGAUUCAAGGUGCGCCACCCGCUCGCCCACUCCACUGUGCUCUGCGUGUGCCCCCUUUGCUGUCUGCAGUGCACGCGGUGUCUUCAACCUCAUACUGCCAUGGCACCAGCCACUCACCACUAGGUCCCCAUUUCCCGCUCUCCCUUUCGCCCCUCCUUGACCUCGUCCGGCCUCUCCCCUCCUCUCACCUAUAUCGUUUCGUCUCGCCUCGCUCGUCUCAGUGCUGCCUGCUCUCCAUCCCUUGGCACUCCAACCCCACCCUCCCUCUCUCUCCCCGCCUGUCCCCUUGCACUCUUUACCUCGUUCUCGCCGCCUUGCCUCUUCACAUCCUCUCCUUCUCGCCCGCCUCGCCGCCUUGCCUCUGCCCCUCCUGCCAUGCAGACCUCGUUCAGAAGCGUGACAUGCGCUCAGCCUCACAGAUUCUUCUUUCAGGCAGCUCAGCAGGAGGGCAGGCGACAGUGAACCUCUGUGAUUGGCUGGCGUCGUCCUUCCCAUCUGCCUCCACGCGCUGCCUCGUUGACUCGGGCUUCUUCCUUGAACCUCACCGCACUGCACCGCCCCUCCAACCCCACCUGCCCCUAUGGUACCUCAUCUGCUCCCAUGCUACCUCAUCUGCUCCCAUGCUACCUCAUCUGCCCCCAUGCUACCUCAUCUGCCCCCAUGCUACCUCAUCUGCCCCCAUGCUACCUCAUCUGCCCCCAUGCUACCUCAUCUGCCCCCAUGCUACCUCAUCUGCCCCCAUGCUACCUCAUCUGCUCCCAUGCUACCUCAUCUGCCCCCAUGCUACCUCAUCUGCCCCCAUGCUACCUCAUCUGCCCCCAUGCUACCUCAUCUGCCCCCAUGCUACCUCAUCUGCCCCCAUGCUACCUCAUCUGCCCCCAUGCUACCUCAUCUGCCCCCAUGCUACCUCAUCUGCCCCCAUGCUACCUCAUCUGCCCCCAUGCUACCUCAUCUGCCCCCAUGCUACCUCAUCUGCCCCCAUGCUACCUCAUCUGCCCCCAUGCUACCUCAUCUGCCCCCAUGCUACCUCAUCUGCCCCCAUGCUACCUCAUCUGCCCCCAUGCUACCUCAUCUGCCCCCAUGCUACCUCAUCUGCCCCCAUGCUACCUCAUCUGCCCCCAUGCUACCUCAUCUGCCCCCAUGCUACCUCAUCUGCCCCCAUGCUACCUCAUCUGCCCCCAUGCUACCUCACCUGCCCAGACCCCCCUGCCUCGCCCCCUUCUCCCCCCUCCCCCAACACAGCAGCGAGGCCGGCACAGCAGUGGCGGUGCUUCUUCCCGCAGUACACUCUUCACAACACCUCCACACCGCUCUUCCUCUUCCACACGCCCUUUGACUAUGUAGCAGCCAUGAUUGCGAAGCACAAGCUGGCGAUGGCGAGACAAACGGCUGUGCAGGAGUGCGGUGCGAGGCAGCCGCAGAUUGACCAGCAUCGCGCCACAGUGGACGGAGAGCAGAUGCGCGUCGUCGCCCUUCUCGACUCAUUGCUGUUCAUCAGCAGGUCCGACGCGCCCAUGGGGAUGUGGGUGAGGUUGGUGCGUUACCUGGCGGAGAAGGGCGUGCCCGGCUUCCCGAAGAAGGGGUACGGCACCUAUUACACCACAUACGGCUUCGAUGUGCUUGAGCAGCUCAACAUCCUGAACAGGGCGUUCCAGCACAAGGAAAUCAAGCGCACAACGUCCCACAUCGAGAGCCGCUACGUUGAUUGCGGCGACGACUUCGGUGGCGGCGUGAGCAAGCUGCUGUCCCCCUUCAUUGCGCGCCAUGGGCCAGGUGGAAACCGGGAGGUGAAAGUCGAAGGGGUUGACUCAGACGGCCGUCCUGCACGCUUCACCUUCAGGCUGCAUGAGGACGAGCUGGAGGAGUUCGAAGGGCGCGGGACCCACGAUGACUGCGUGGAGGUCUGCACGGAGUUCGCGGAGGUGAUCGUUCACCAACUCGAGCAUCGGCUUGGCGACCUGGAAGGGAUGUCUGGGGCAAAGCUAUUCAUCCCAGACGAGUACCCGCUGGAUCGAGUAGAGAGGAAUCGGAGGGCCUACAAGAAGCACAAGCCCCACAGCAACGCUCCACUCCCGCCUGCAGGAAAGCAUCAGAACAAGGCCAAGCUGGCAGAUGAGGUGAUGGAAGUAGAAGACAUAGAAGAGGACAAUGAUGCAUCUGACAGUAAUGAUGAUGAUGGAUUUGAUGAGUAG